AUGGAUGUUGCAAAGAAGACCAUCAAGGAAACUUUGCGAGACAAAUCAUUAUUACUGAAUGAUGUAAUGGAAUGCUAUGACAAGAGAUGGGAGAACCAGAUGGAGCAAAAACUAUAUGGAGCAGCCCUCUUCUUGAAUCCUAGAAAGUACUUUGCCAUAAAGGAAAAGGAUAGGAGACAAGCUACAAAGCUAAGGUGCAUGUUUAAUGACAUUAUAUGGAAGAUGGUGCCUGAUGAGAGUGAAGCGAGGAAAAUAAGCAAGCAAGCUGAUGGUUAUGACAGGGCUGAGGGUGAAUGUUUCUCAAAGAGAUUAGCAAUAGUGCAUACUAAAAGGAGGAACCGUUUGGAGCACAUUAGGUUGAAUAAGUUGGUAUUUGUUAGCUACAACCGUAAGAUGGCAUUCAGGUUUCAGAAAAUUCGUGAGCUCGGUUCUAAAGGCAAGAAAUCCAACACAUUGCUGCUAGAAGAGUUUCAAUGGGAAAAUGAGUGGGUAGACAUCAACUAUGACCCAGUUCAUGGAUCUAAUGGCAGUGAUAUGCUUUGGACACAUGUUGAUGAAGCUGUUGGUGCAACCAACCAGCUUAGAGGCCACAAUUUGCCUAGGGCUGCUGCUGCUCAUGCGAGGAAUACUGUCACCCGCACAUAUGCGAGGAAUAACAAAAGGAAGUGUCCAAGUCCAAGGUCAGAUGCACCAGCAACUGAAAGCAGUGAUCAUGAAGAAGAGGAAAAUAGAGUUGCACCAGAAUAG